UUCCGCACACAAAAUCAUGGUAGACUACGGUGCUUGCGGACACGAUGAAACAACUUUUAGUUUUUCCACUCACAUUUACUGUAAUUUAUUUUAUUCAGCGAACUAGUGGUGAUGAACAAGUUAAGCAACAAUGUACAGAAGGAUGUAGCCAAGUUCUGAAUGAUGUGAAUUACUUUGAUGAUCUGAAGUGCAACACAUCUUGCAGAGAAACACAGUGCCAGAAUGGUUGUGAUAUAUGGAGGAAGAGUGCAAAUAAUGUCCUACCCUGCAGUGAGGCAUGUAACUCUUCAGGCAGCAAUCAAAAUCAACUGCAGUUUUGUACAAGAGGAUGUAACUUAGCAAUGGAUAUAUAUGCGCAGAAAAUAAAUGCUACAUUAGGUGCCCUAAAACAGCCUACAUUAGUUCCUGGAGGUUUAAGCCAUUCAUCUGUGAUCUUACACUGGGAACCCCCAAUUGACAACCUCACAUACCAUCUGCAGGGGAAGUUUGCCCAGUUUCCAGACACUUGGAAGUACUUUGACAAUGUGGAGAAGUUGGGAAAUGAAAACAUGCUUGUUAAAAAUCUCCGUCCCUAUGUACAGUACAAGUUUCAAGUCAUGGUUGUGAUCACACCCAGGCAUCUUCUAGAAACCCCAGAGAGUUAUGCCAUCCAGACACUGCCUUUUGGGGUUCCUGCCAGUCCACCCAAGUUGACGAGCAUUUCUGUUGAAUCUCCUACUGUUAUCCAAGUGUCAUGGCAACCUCCCAUGUUUCCAAGUGGACCAUUGGUCAGAUAUGAUGUAGAGCUCACAGACUUAAGUAAUCCAGACAGAGACACCAUCACGAAGGACAUAGGCUUACAAACUAGCUGUACCUUUACCAGUCUGAAGCCAAGUACCCAGUAUUCUGUGAGCAUUGCUGCUGUAAACAUGGAAGGAUUGGGCCCUGCAGUAUAUGGGAAUAUUACCACCAGUGGACUGGGAAAUGACAGCUCUUCUCCGCCCUUUCUGGUAUUCAGUGCAGCAAAGACCAUCUACAGAUUAAACAUGCAGGAUAUCAUCGCUGAUCCUGAAAUUAUGACAACUGGCAGGUCAGAUAUCACAGCUACACCAGGACUCAAGAUAAUAUAUAACAGUUCCACUGAGGUCCAAGGAGCUGCUGUACAUGUUUGGAAGCAGUUAGCCUUCUUCUCUGAUAAGACUAAUUCACUGAGCAGAUUGUCUCUGAUUGACAAUUCUGUGGAUGUCAUAUAUACCAGUUCUGCCAGGCUAAGCAGUGUUACAGUUGAUUGGCUAAACGAUCAGCUGUGCUUUGUUGAAGGACAAAAUAUAAGUUGCUGUUCUCUGGAAGGCAGCCAUUGUAAACCAGUUGUGACAGGCUUGAUCUUGACACCUACCAGCAUAUACUUGGACCCUUACCAUGAUAAAGGAUAUUUGUACUGGACCCAAGGUGGCAUGACUGAAGCAAGUGGCAUGUACAGAGUUACUUUGACUGAAAUCUCAACAGGACCUAUACAGCCAACCCUAUCACAGCAUCUCAUUCUACAGCAACACAAUCUCUCCACCAUGACAGUAGAUCUACAGAACUUUUUCUUAUACUAUCCAAAUAACUUUCAGUCAUCUUUGAUGAAGGCUAAUUUAGAUGGCACAGACAGUGUAGUUGUAAGGAAGGAUGUUUCAAUGAGUGUUCAGAAUUUAAUUUACUUCAGUGGAACCUUUUAUAUGAGUGAUCAAGUUGAAAUUAAUUUUGAGGAAUAUGACAGCUCAAGAGACGAGUACUUUUACAAUGAGGUUUAUAGAAUGUGGGAUGAACCUGUGACCGGAAUGAGUGUGUUACAUACUCUAGUACAGCCUGUGCCAGUUCCUUCUCACUGGCCUACUCAGCUACAGGUGAUCUUUUCUAGUGUGACUGGAGUAAUCACAUGGAGGCUGCCAAGCAGAGGGUUUGGAUCAGAUUCCAUGUCACAUCACCUGUGGUUCACCUUAAUGGUCUCUGAGAGCAGGACAGGGCAGAUCUGGAAGUUUGAUAGGAUACAGAAUUUUAGCUAUACUAUGGAGAAUCUCCAGCCAAAUGCUACAUAUUCAGUCAAAAUCCGUGCCAGUUCAGAUGGUGGAAACGGACCAUGGUCACCCACUUUUAUUGGCAAGACACUGUUUGAGGGUUUAAAUGCUGCCAAGAUAGCAAUUGCCAAUCCAUCUGGUCUUUACCUUACUAAUGCCAUAGGGAGAAACUUGCAGUGGAUCAUCAAUACAACAGAAAUGGAAGGCACAAUAACAGAUAUAUCUUGUUGGGGUGAGCACUAUAUCCUUAGCUGGAGCACCAAAAAGGCAUCUCUGUACAACACCAGUACCAGUACUUUAUUAGAGCUAGGCCACGUUAAACUACCUACUGCCAUUGCUGUGGACUGGAUUGGAGAGAAGCUAUACUGGAGCAGCUUGAACAGUGUGAUUUAUAGGUCUAACUUAAAUGGCAGUUACAUAGAGUCUGUGUACCAGUUGCAGUCACCAGUAAGAGACCUUGCCAUAGACUCCGCUGGUGGAUUUAUGUAUUGGAACACUCAUCACACUGUGGAAUGCAGCAGACUGAAUGGAGAUGAACAUUUUUACUAUGUUAAAUACUCAUAUUUAGCCAUUCCUCAGGCCCUUGGCUUAACAUUAGAUUUGGAUAAGAGACUUGUGUAUUGGUUAGUAGUUGAUAUGACAAAGUCGUGUCUGUACUCUGCCAGUAUGGCAAGUGGAAGAUUGGGAGAGAAUCCUGCCUCAACAGUCAGCGUGGUCUCAAAAAUUGAAGAUUUUUCUAGGUUACCAGUAUUGCAUUAUUUCCAAGGGCACAUUUAUUUCUUGGAUGACCAUAGUACAUUGACUGUUGGCAGUGAAAAAGGAGAUCAUUUGGCUAAAAUGCUGCUUCCCUUGCAGAAUGUGUCUGCCAUAAAAAUCAUGCAUCCUUCACUAGGACGUACAGGUUUUGUCCAAAAAUCUACUGAUCUUGUGGAGAUAAAUGUGCUUCCUGCAGUGAUACCAAAGUCUUCAAUUUACCUGCAAGGCAAUUGGACAGAAUUUGAAGUGAUUUGGACUCCAGACCAGCAGCUGAACUAUGGGAGCUUGUUCUAUGAGGUUGCAUUGUAUUACCCUAAUUUCCAAGAUGCACAGAUCGUGUCAGAAUCAUCUUUGAUGAUAAGAAGUAUUCCUCCAUACACCAGUCUCAAUGUGACAGUGAGGCCGUACACAUACUGGCACACUGGACUGCCCACUUCUGUCACACUGCGGACUCCUAUGGGAGUUCCAGGUGAACCAUCUCAUGCAAAUGCUUUUGUUUCCCACAAGAGGAAUGUUUUUGGAAAAGUUAUACUUAUUGCUGUUGAAUUCCAUUGGAGAAAACCAGAAAGAGAAAAUGGUGUCCUCAUUGCUUAUCAUUUGACCUAUAUUAUUGGUACUGGUGAAAAGAUCCAGCUACAGCUUCCAGGACAUGUCACUUUGUUCAAACUGAAUGGAACCAGAAAUGAAGCAUAUUCUUUCCAGGUUCAAGCAUGCACUUAUGUUGGUUGUGGAAAAUAUUCAGAUCAAGUUGUUGUUAACUCCAGCAUUGAGGUGCCUCCUCCUAAAUUGCUUCUACAGACAGCAUCAUCCAUCCGUGUAUUUGAUGCUGACAGGGGUAGAGUAGAUACCACAGUGACCAGAGGAACUAAUGUGGUCGUCUCUACAUACAUAGCUCAUGAUGGCAGCUUCUUUUGGGUAGAUGCCUUAAAGUUGUUCCGGAAGAACACUGAAAUGGACUUACAGAAACAGGUUCUUCACACUCUUGUAAACCCUCCUCAGACCUUGACAGCAGACUGGGUAGCCAGGAUAUUGUAUUGGGCUGACUAUGAUGACCAGAGUGGGAGAAGCAGUGUAUGGUCAUUUGAUCUAAAUAGGCAAGACCAAGCAAGAGUACAGAUGUUGUAUCAGACUAAUCAGAACAUUAAAGUUCAACAGUUGCUUACAAACCCAUUGCAAAGCAAACUGUCUUGGCUUGAGUUGUACAACAGUGGAAUGAACAGGGUAGUAGAGAUGGACCUGAAAAGUAAUGAAAUCACUCAGAUUUUACCUCCAAUAUAUGGCAACCACUAUGGUCGCAGGAGGAAGAGGGACACAAACUGUAACUGCCCCAUGGAAGCAACAGUGGGACCAGCUGUAGCCAUGUUGGUUAGUGAGAAUGGACAACAAGAAUACUAUUGGGUAGAUACCUCACUAGGGCAACUGUUGAAGUCUGACUCCACAGGAUGCAUGUGUCAGUUGAUAGCAAAUUCUUCUGUGAUGGCCUCUUUAGGUUUCACCCCUAGUUCAUUGAGCAUUGACAGAGAAUUCCUUUAUCUUCUCAACGAGACUGAAGAAAGGUUGUAUUUAUUGCCUAGAGUUGCCGGAUUAUCUGUGCAGGCACUAGAUGUUGCAGGGACAAAAAACCUUGUGGCGUUUGGUGAACAUCUACAGCCAAUGCCAGAUUCAUCAUGUCUGCUGAUAACCAACUACACGGAGACCCCUGUCAAACUGUCAGUUCAGAGUAGCAGUAUUGCACUUCAAAUACCUCCUGUGAGGUUCCCAGUCAAAUGUGACUCUGUUAACCUUCCCACAGUGCAGUACCAAGUGUAUUAUGGGAAAGAAAAUGGCAGUGAUGCAAAAAAGGUUGUUUACGGCCAAGAGGUAACAAUAUCAGGAUUGGAGCCUUAUACAAAUUAUACAUUCCAAGUAGCUGCCAGCAAUUAUUACUCUGCACCUGAACCAGAUCCAGGCCCCCUUGUGGUGUUCAAAACUAGUGCUGGAACACCAUCAGAGCCAGUCAACGUCAAGUCAGAAACUCUAACACCGAAAGAAAUUUCGGUAAGCUGGGAGCCUCCAUUGAAUCCCCAUGGGCCACCUGAAGACAUAACUUAUUCUGUGAUGUGGAGAAGUUUAGACUACACAGGGAGAGUAGUGUCAGGACAAACUCCCCGGGGGCCUUACAUUGGCCAUAAAGCCGAAAUUGAAAACUUAACUGCUGCUGUUACUUACAGCUUUCAGGUACUGGCUUAUGACCAAGCUGGUGAAUACUACAGCAUAAGUAAGGAAAUCAUCAACACCACCUUUGAGUACCCAGGGAGACUGAAAUUUGAGAACAGCACCAGUGACACCAUCACCAUUUCCUGGAUGUCACCACAAGAUGGCAGUGUGCUCAGACACAGAUUUCGGCUUGCAGAGGUGAAGACCCCAUUGAAGUGGAAAGACUCUGAACAUCUUGGGUUUAGAACCAAACCAAAUAAUUUGUAUUCACAAACCUUCCAAAAAUUGACCCCAAACACAGAGUAUGCCUUUAGGGUUAGGACAAUGCUGACUUCUCGUCACCUAUUUGAGUGGCCAACAGAUGCAAGCUUUACGUGCAAAACAACAGCAUCAGUUCCAGGAGAACCCAUACCACCAAAGCUUACCACUUUAAGUUCAGGUGCAUAUGAAGUGUUCUGGUAUCCACCUGAGGAUUUUGGGUCACUGAUAACACAAUACAGGCUAGAGUAUAUGCCUGAUGACUAUACUGGCAAUUGGUCUCUAGCAUAUAAAGGAGUAAACACUAAGUGGACAGCUCAGGGAUUAGAUGGUGGUCAGAAGUACAUCUUCAGAGUGGCUGCUUAUAAUGCCAUGGGUUGGGGACCUUUCAGCUCAAACAGUUCAUCUUUCUUUUUGCCUGUGGUAGCAGCUCUAACAGGUGCAGAGGACAGUAAUUUGACCUCCAUAUUGGUUGGCUUGUUUGCUGUCAUUGUUUUCCUUGUGGUCAUUGCUGGAGUGGUACUCUUUCUGGUUUUCAAAAAAAGGAAUGAAGAGAAGAGAAAUAGGUCUUCCUUUAUAAACAACAACGGCUGCCAUUAUGAUGCACCACGUACUCCUGAUAUAGAGCUGGCUACUCUGCGAGAGUUACCCAGGAUAGCAUACCACACAAAUACUACAUUAUAUGGCAUGGGCAUAAACCCAUCAGAGGAUGAGAUUGCUGCAUUGCCCCACUUCCGACGCGACCAGUUGACAUUAACGCAGCUUCUGGGUAGUGGAGCAUUUGGUGAGGUCUAUGAGGGAGAGGCCACUGAUGUACUAGGACAAGCUACAGGCCCCACCAAAGUAGCAGUCAAGGUAUUGUCAUUAUAUUACUACAUAGCAGCUCUAACAGGUGCAGAGGACAGUAAUUUGACCUCCAUAUUGGUUGGCUUGUUUGCUGUCAUUGUUUUCCUUGUGGUCAUUGCUGGAGUGGUACUCUUUCUGGUUUUCAAAAAAAGGAAUGAAGAGAAGAGAAAUAGGUCUUCCUUUAUAAACAACAACGGCUGCCAUUAUGAUGCACCACGUACUCCUGAUAUAGAGCUGGCUACUCUGCGAGAGUUACCCAGGAUAGCAUACCACACAAAUACUACAUUAUAUGGCAUGGGCAUAAACCCAUCAGAGGAUGAGGUUGCUGCAUUGCCCCACUUCCGACGCGACCAGUUGACAUUAACGCAGCUUCUGGGUAGUGGAGCAUUUGGUGAGGUCUAUGAGGGAGAGGCCACUGAUGUACUAGGACAAGCUACAGGCCCCACCAAAGUAGCAGUCAAGACUUUAAGGAGAGGUGCCAAUGAUUCAGAAAAAGAAGAAUUUUUGAAAGAAGCAUUAUUAAUGAGUAACUUCAAACAUAAUCACAUUCUGAGGCUGCUUGGAGUCUGUCUUGACAAUGAUCCUCAAUUUAUUAUCCUAGAGUUGAUGGAUUGUGGAGACUUACUGUCCUUUUUAAGGGCAACAAGACCUUCACAUCUUGGACAGACUGCACUCACAUUCCCUGAUCUCAUCUCCAUCUGCUGUGAUGUAUCCAAAGGUUGUAGUUAUCUAGAAGACUUACACUUUGUACACAGAGAUAUAGCUGCCAGGAACUGUCUAGUAUCUUGGAAGGACAACAAGAUUACUGUAAAAAUUGGUGACUUUGGCCUCGCUAGAGACAUCUACAGAAAUGACUACUACAGGAAAGAAGGAGAGGGGCUCCUCCCUGUACGCUGGAUGUCCCCUGAGGCCCUGAUUGAUGGGGUUUUCACCACACAGUCUGAUGUUUGGGCCUAUGGUGUAUUGGUAUGGGAAGUGUUAACACUGGGUCAACAGCCAUACCCUGCCAGGACAAACCUGGAGGUACUGCAAUUUGUACGUGGCGGAGGAAGGCUUGAUCGCCCAGAAAACUGCCCUGAUGAACUUCACGAUUUGACAUUGAAAUGCUGGAGCUUUAAUGCAAAAGAUAGGCCAACAUUUCACCACAUUGAAGAGAGGCUUAUUCACUUCAUGGAGCUAUCUCAAGUCCCAGACAGUGCCUUCUCUGGCACAGUUAAAGUGAGGAGACUCUCUGGAGGCUGCUUUGAUAACCCUGCUUUUGCUGUUGAUGUGGAGAAUAACAAUAAAUACCAACAACAGCAACAACUGCCAAAUACCAGUCUGUCUGUGGAGUUACCUGCAGCAGAAAGUGGCUCAAGAAAUAAAAUCGGUGGCUCUGUGAAACUAACUCCAACCAGCAAAAGGAAGAGGCUCCAGUCCCUGAUAGGGGAUGCAGACCUGGAUAGCACUUCAGAGAGCACAGAAGUAUUGGACUCCAGCUCAGGAGACAUUUCGCAACUGCCAAGAAAAAAGAAAACUCGCAAGGUGAAGAAAGCUGUUUCCAUGGACCAUAUGCAUGCUCCUAGGCUACAGGGAAUUGCGCAUAGGACUCCCAGCAAUGCAAAUGACUAUUUGACUGCGAGGCAUCAUUCACCUCACAGAUACCUGGAACUUCUGCCAGACGGCUCUUCUCCUGGGCAUCAAGUAGGCGUAGGUGGUGCCUCAGCUGGUAAAGUUAAUUAUUCACAAGUUGUCAAUGGACUUCCAAGUUCAACUGCAAAUAUGCAGAGGUCUGCAGCAAAAGCCAAUAAGGCCCCACAAACUGUCAGUUAUGCACAGCUUGGUGGUCUGUCAGAUGACAAUUUGGGUGAUGAUACUAAUGUGACAGAAGACAAAAACCAUAAAACAUCCCAUUCACAGCUUCACAGUUCUCAAGAUAGUUUAGAUGAUGGUUUAGUAGACUUUGGGAAUCACAAAAGCGCUGGCAUGAAACUGAAUUAUGCCACUUUGGCACUUGGGGAGUCUGCAGCCUCAGGAGGGAGUGAUGCAGAAGAAAGUGAAAUAGAGGGAGAAAGUCAAAAGUUGAUGCAUGAUUCAUCUAAUUUAAAUUAUGCUGAUCUGGAAGGAACAGGGGACGAUGAGUCUGACAAAGAAAAUGGUGCUGAUACAGAUGAUGCUUCAGGUUCAGGUUCAAAUUCUCCAGAGAGGCAUAAAGAACGUCUUCCAGGUUAUGAAAAUGUCAACUUUGAAGCCAACUCUGGUGGCCAUACAAAUAGCCACAGUUCAGACAGAGUGAGAUAUGCUAAUUUGCCAGAGAGUGAUCGCUCAGAUAAUGAAGAUGAUACAUCUUACAGAAAACCCCUGUUCAAAGAGCCACACCCAAAUAAAAAUAGAAAAAUAAAAAGACCCCAUGGAUCAAACAGUAUAUUGGUUUUGCCAGACUAUUCAACAGCAAGUAAAAAGAAAGAUAAUGGAAGUACUUAUUCAGAAAAGCAAGAGUAAGACUGCAGGCAGAGUUGGAAGAUACCCAUGAUGACAUUCUUAUGUAAAAGUCACUGGACUUCUGCACACUUUUUAACAUGCAUAUUUGCCCCAUAAUUACUUAACUUUAUUUUUGUUUUAAUUUGCUAGUAAUUAAGCUAGGUGAAAAAGCUGAUUGAAUUUGAAAUUGGCUUGAUUUGUUUAUUUUUGAUGAAGUUAUUGGAACAAACAAGGUACAAAUCUAGGAUAUUUGUUUUGAAGUCUGUUGUCCAAUGUUUUCUUUAAUCUAAUAUAUUGUACUAUUUAAGAGGUUGUUACAUCUUAAAAUUGUAUCUUUUUGGGGGGAAAUUGCUGAUUUUUUUUCUUUUUUUUUUUUUUUAGAAAUUCUUGAAAACUUUUUCACUAUUCAUCUUACCUAAGAAUGAAAACUGCCAUUUAAUCUUUGAAUGUUUAGUGUCUGUAUAUGUUUUAUAUUUGAUGUCUAGUUAUUGGUUGGACUUAUGAGGACUUAGCCAGGAUUGGUUUGUAGCCUAUAUGUGACUUUGACUCUUUAAGGACUUGACAUAACAGCAAACUGUGAACUUCUUUUGCUAUUUUGUAUGUUUCUAGAACUUAUUAUGUGCACUACAAGCAAAAUAGAUUAAAGACUAUGGUGCUUAUUAUACUCAUGCUAAGGAAUUUUUCAUUUGAUAAAUACACUUUAUUGGGCGAGUUAAAUCAAAUGUUCAUCUUAUGUGGUUUGAAAAAUAGUUGGUGAAGCUGUGCAAUAAUAUCCAAUGCCAAAGGAACUUAAACUGCACAGAGCACUGCAGGCUUACAUGUUAGCUUUUAUAUUGUGCAAUAUGUGUUAUAUUCCCUGCUAAUGCAUAAUCUGAUUCUGAACUAUUUAUAAAUUUUCUACUCAUUUGUCAAUAACAUUGAUUUAAAUAACAUGGACGUAUAUGUGUACCAAGGUACAAAUCUAGGAUAUUUGUUUUAAUUGCAACAGGGUUUUCCACUGUAGUAAUUUUUUGUCUUUAAUUUGCUUGCUUUAGCUCCAAGAAGAAUUCAUUUUGUAAUGUACUUUUAUAUAUACUUAAAGGCAGCAUGCUGAUAUUGUCCCUUUUGUUUAGUUUUCUUUGAAUGUGUGGAACAUUUUUCUAUGUUGCAAUUUCAUUUUAAAACAUUUUUCUUUUAUUAAUCAUAAAUGAUGCAGUGGUGCUCAGUUUGGAGUCUCAAACCCUUCUGGUUAAUGAUAGGACGUAUUUUAUCCAGUGAAACUCAUUUUUGUUGACUAUGAAUUAGAAAUGUAUCAUAAAAUUUGUAAAUUAAAAUAUUAUUUUACUGCAACAGUGUAGAGCAGUGGUCUUUUCAUAUCAUUUCAAUUUGAAAUAAAUCUACUAUUUGCA